AGAAAAGUGAAUUAAUUCAGGAAUGUUCGUAGCUUUCAUUGAGUUAUGAAGUAAUCCCUAUACUCUCCGAUAGGCAACUGUUACUUUCUCUGUGUCAUGAGCUUUGGCUUUGGCUUUGGCUUUGGCUUUUCUCCUCUAUUUUAAUUUUUUCAUUGCGGCCGGGUUUUAAAAUUCCGUACGCAGAAGCAGCUUCACCUCUGUAAUCAGAAAAAGGUAGAAGAUGGCAACACUGGGAGAUAUAGGAGUUUCUGCAGCUAUAAAUAUUCUCUCUGCAUUUAUCUUCCUGUUGGCAUUUGCAAUUCUGCGGCUCCAACCACUCAACGACAGAGUGUACUUCCCAAAAUGGUAUCUUAUGGGUUUGAGAAAUGGUGUGACGCAGUCUGGUGCAUUUGUCAAAAAAAUUGUUAAUUUGGAUUGGAGGGCAUAUAUAAGGUUUCUGAACUGGGUGCCGGAUGCACUAAAAAUGCCUGAACUUGAGCUCAUUGACCAUGCAGGACUGGACUCUGCUGUUUAUUUACGGAUCUACUUGCUAGGGCUAAAAAUUUUUGUUCCUAUUACAUUGCUUGCUUUUACUGUACUAGUACCUGUUCAUUGGACAAAUAGCACUCUUAGAAAGUCCGGGUUUACUUACAGUGACGUUGAUAAGCUCUCCAUUUCAAAUGUUCCACUCGGAUCACAAAGGUUUUGGACUCAUAUCAUUAUGGCCUAUGCCAUUACAGUUUGGACAUGCUAUGUCUUACAAAGGGAGUAUGCAAAAGUUGCAGCUAUGAGGUUGCUGUUUCUUGCAUCUGAAAAACGUCGUCCUGAUCAAUUUACAGUCCUUGUCAGAAACGUUCCACCUGACACUCAUGAAUCAGUCGGUGAAUGUGUAGAGCACUUUUUCCUGGUUAAUCAUACAGAUCAUUACCUCACACACCAGGUUGUUUACAACGCCAACAAACUAGCAAAAUUGGUCAAGGAGAAGAAGAGUAAGCAAAAUUGGCUUGACUAUUACCAACUAAAGUAUUCUAGAAAUCAAUCAAAUCGGCCCAUGAUGAAGACUGGUUUACUUGGUCUUUUUGGAAAUAAAGUGGAUGCGAUCGACUAUCAGACUGCUGAAGUUGAAAGACUAUCGAAAGAGAUAGCUGAAGAGAGAGAGCGGGUUAAAAAUGACCCAAAAUCUAUCAUGCCGGCGGCAUUUGUCUCGUUUAAAACACGGUGGGGUGCUGCUGUUUGUGCUCAAACUCAGCAGUCAAGAAAUCCGACUUUGUGGUUAACUGAAUGGGCUCCAGAGCCGCGUGAUGUAUAUUGGAGAAACCUGGCGAUUCCCUAUGUGUCUUUAACAAUUAGGAGGCUCAUAAUCGGUGUUGCUUUCUUUUUCCUCACAUUCUUCUUCAUGAUUCCUAUCACAUUUGUCCAAACACUUGCAACUAUUGAGGGGAUCAGGAAAGUAGUGCCAUUCCUAAAAGUUAUCAUUGACAUCCCGUUUUUAUUUGCCUUGACGUUGGAUGUACUUACGCGUCAUAUUCAAGGGGAAGUGUCAUGGUAUAUGUUAUUUGCAGACGAUAUUGUUCUGAUUGACGAGACGCGAAGUGGUGUUAACGCGAGGCUGGAGUCAUUCAUCCAAGGUUUUCUACCUGGGAUUGCUUUGAAGAUCUUUCUCAUAGUUUUGCCGAGGAUACUGAUGCUGAUGUCCAAAUUUGAGGGCUGGGAAAGUAUAUCAGCUCUGGAAAGAAGAUCUGCAUCUAAAUACUACAUCUUUAACUUUGUGAAUGUCUUUCUUGGGAGCAUAAUUGCAGGAGCUGCAUUCGAACAGCUAAAAACUUUUCUUCAUCAGUCAGCAAAUGAAAUUCCUAAAACAAUUGGUGUUGCUAUCCCAAUGAAAGCAACUUUCUUCAUAACUUACAUAAUGGUUGACGGAUGGGCUGGUAUUGCUGGAGAGAUCUUAAGGCUGAAGCCACUAAUAAUCUUCCACUUGAAGAACUUUUUCUUGGUCAAGACUGAAAAUGAUAGAAAGAAGGCAAUGAAUGCUGGAAGCCUUGGUUUCAACACUGGAGAACCGCAGAUACAAUUAUACUUCUUAUUGGGCCUUGUCUAUGCUGUGGUCACGCCAUUUCUGCUUCCUUUCAUACUGGUGUUCUUUGGCCUGGCGUUCAUUGUGUUCCGGCAUCAGAUUAUAAAUGUAUACAAUCAAAAGUAUGAAAGUGGAGCAGCAUUCUGGCCAGAUGUUCAUGGACGUAUAAUAUUCGCUCUGGUCUUCUCUCAGUUAUCUUUACUUGGGUUGCUAGGUACAAAACAUGCUGCUCAGUCAGCACCUUUCCUUAUCGCCCUUCCAGUUCUGACCAUCUCUUUUCACAAAUUCUGUAAAGGACGUUAUGAGCCAGCUUUCACCAGAUAUCCACUUCAGGAAGCGAGAAGGAAAGAUACUUUAGAACGAGCAAAAGAGCCCAAUCUCAACUUAAAAGCGUACCUUCAAAAUGCUUAUUUGCACCCUGUUUUUAAAAGUGAUGAUGAAGAUGAAGAUGAGGAGUUUGACGAUAAGUUGAAGAGUAAUGGAACUGUGCUGGUCCCAACGAAGCGCCAGUCAAGAGAAAAUACUCCAGCGCCCAGCAGAAUGAGUGCCAACUCUUCUCCUUCACGUCCUAAUGCAAUUGACCAGAUACAAUAACUGCUUUGUUUUUCAAGGAUGUGAGAGUCCACCUUUAAUGCUAAAUGUAAAUUGACAUCAGUCCAAAUAAGUAGCCAAGUUUGGACAUGGUCCUUCUACUUGAAUGAGCAAGAGUUGCUGGCUGCAGCCUGUGGCUAAUGAAACUUAAAGGAAUCAAAGGAAAUGGGUAUCUUUCAGUGGACAGUUGGAAUCUGCUAUCUUUAAGGAGGUCACUAUUGUAUUGAGACCAAAUGUUAUAGAUCUGUGAGCUUUGUGGAGAGUCACACCUUCACUUUCUUCCUGUUGAAGAUGUGAAGUUACAAGUUUGGUACGCUGACUUCAACACUCUUAAUUGGCCAGGUACAUUAAUUAUGCUAGCACCUUUGUAGUAUGUCAUACAAAUAUAUAUUGUAAAAAAGCUUGUAAGGCAAAUGCUUUUUACUCAUAAUACUGUGCUUCGAUUGAGCA